CUUGGGUUAUAGAGUGAGAGUCCAGACACGCUGCUUGACAAUGCCUCACAUCCAGGAGCAUGGAUUCAUCUGGCUCCCAGGAGAAAACGGCUGUUCCGCGAUUCGCCAGCUUCAAACCCCAGCCGCCCACCAAACUCCCUAGUCGCGAGCGAAGCGAAAGAGACGAAAGGCCUAGACACCAUUCGAAGCAUCAGUCGAGGCAUAGAAGCCACCGCGAUGGCCGUUCGCGAUCGCGGGAGCGCAGAAGAGAUCGUAAGGAGCCUCAUUCCCGCAAAGAGGCUGGUCGUCGGGGACUUGAACAUGAACAAACGCCUAUAUCGAGAAGCGCCGUAAGAGAACCGUCCGAAGACGUGAAAGAUUUAUACGUGGUGGAUCUGAAAGGCGACAAAUAUAAUCUUAUAUAUGGAACAAUACAUCGGUAUAGUGUCCCUCGCUACUACCGCUUUGGUGCAGGGCGUGUCCUGGGACUGCCGUCGAAUAACAGAAUCGACCGUGAUACUGCUGGCGAAAAUGAGAUCGUGGUGAAACCUGAGACAUGGCGCACGGAUUCUUCAAAGCCCAAAGCAAAGAGUUUAUUCUCCAAGCUUGACAACCAGCCUACCAAGUUGCUUCGAGUUCGCCCAACCUCUUUUGUGGACAAUGCGGAUUUUUCCAAGGAUUUUUUGCCUCUCAAGGCCUCCAGAAGUCGACAACCAAAGGAUGAUUUAGAAGCAUCUGAUACAGAAGACGAUAAAUAUGGGUAUCGCUCAAUUCACGGAAAACUAAAGCACAGUGAAGAUAUCUCUAGUGGUCUAGAGUCUAUGUCAGAUCUAGAGUCCGGUGGUGAAGGCCCGCGAGAUGAUCUCGACGUGGAAGUCAAACAACGGAGUGCACAGCUAUAUAGGAACAUUGAACGAAAUUCUACCGAUGUCAAGGCCUGGCUCCAGCUCAUUGGCCACCAAGAAUUAGUUCUUCGGGGUUCAGCGAAACAAUCCAGCUCCUUGACAAACGCAGAGCAGAAAAGCUUGGCCGAUAUCAAGCUGUCCUUAUACGAAAAAGCGCUGAAAAAGGUAGGCCAAAGCUCUUCGCGAGACCGUCUACUACUUGGACUUUUGGAGGAGGGUGCAAAGCUAUGGGAUACAAAAAAGCUUUUAGCGCAAUGGCACUCCAUAUUGAAAUCCAACUCCCAAUUUAUCAGUCUAUGGAUCAAGUAUCUCGACUUCCGUCAAACUGAGUUCCUAAAUUUCACCUAUAGCCAAUGUCUCACUACCUUCAUCGAAUGCUUGAAUUUGAAUAAAGCUACCUCGGAUAGUCCUGGUAAAACGCAAGUUCAAAUGUACCUGUUCCUUCGCUUAACUCUUUUCCUGCGAGAAACAGGGUACGCAGAGCAUGCAACAGCCCUAUGGCAAGCUAUCUUUGAAUUCACAUUCUUCCGACCAAAUGAUUUAGAUGCCAACACCAGCACGGAUCAGGUCUUAUCAGCUUUCGCAGAUUUCUGGGACUCUGAAGUUGCGCGUAUCGGCGAUGCUGGAGCGAAAGGCUGGAAAAACAUGAGCACAGCUUCUUUUCACCCUAAAGUAUUUGAACCUCAAUUCAACUUGGAACUGAAGUCAAUAAUGCCAUCUUGGGCUGCUUGUGAGCGAGAAUGCAUCCUCAAUGCUCAACUUCCAGCUCGCAGCUUGGAUGAGCCCAGUGAUGAUCCAUACCGUGUUAUUCUUGCUUCCGAUCUGAAAGAAUUCCUCCCCCUUGUUUCUUCGGCGGACUCAAAAUCGGAGCUUAUUGAUAGCUUCCUAUACUUCUGCCAGCUCCCCCCAUUUAUCACAACCCAUAAUUUCAAGACUACUGGUCGUUGGAUGGGUGACGGUUUUCUACGAAACGAAUUGGUCUCUACUUCCUUUUCGGCCCUCACAGAUUGGCUUCCUAACUUAAGUACCGACACCGAUCCGGAAGUAGUCUCACCGACUAUGUUUCCAAACCAACACUUCAUUCCUGCGCUCGAGACCUACUUUACGGAUCCCAAAACUUGGUUCUCUUCCUUUGGUGCUUGGGUAAAAGCAACAUCAGAUCCAGCUUGCGUUGUUGUACGCGAUUGGAAUCGCCGAACUCUCCGAUUGCUAGUUGAAGCGAUGCCUCAGAAUGAUGAUCUAGCUGAAUACGCCGUCGCGGUCGAGUUUGUUUGCAAUAACAAGGAAGCUAAAAAGUAUGCAAAGUCGCUGCUCAAAAAGCGGCCGUCUAAUCUUCGGCUAUAUAACUCCUACGCUCUUAUGGAAUGGCGAACGGGAAACCAUGCAGCAGCUGAUCAUGUGUGGGCAACAGCAGUCUCUAUGAGUAACACUUUCUCUAGCGAUGACAGAAUCAGUAACAUUCUUCUCUGGCAUACUUGGAUAUGGGAGCUUCUAGAGGCUCGUAAAAUAGCUCAUGCAUCCCAUCUCCUGGCUUCUAUGCCACAGAGUAAUGUUGACCUGAAAGCUUUCCAUGAUAUCUCGAGCCAACCGGAGUUCAGCCCGACAGUCCUACUCAAGAUACACAACCAUUUAUUGGAAACUCAGGAAAGUGCAUUCAUAAACGGGAACGUCGACAUCAUCCGAGCCUGCACAGAUUGUCAAGCUAUCCUAUUAUACCUCACCCACUCUCAAGACUUGAGCAAAUGUCUGGAAGCGUACAACGCCUCAAUCAACAGGAUAUCUUCAUUCCCCGGUUCGGCCGACACCUUCAAAUCGUACACCAUCGAACUCCUACACCAGUCCCGUGCAAGGCUCAUCUACUAUCACCUUCGAGCAAGCAAACUUUACCAGCCGUCGUACAUCCGCACACUCCUCGCCGAGAGCAUCGCCCUCUUCCCACACAACACAAUCUUCCUAUCCCUAUUCUCCUGGAACGAGUCCCGAUUCCGCAUUGAAGAGCGUGUCCGCGACAUCAUCCGCGACAUAACGACAGCCUCACAACACCACCACCACUACGACGACGACGACGACGACCCCUCAACAACCCCAACUCAGAUCCCCAUCACAACACACUUAUUUUCAAUCUACACAGAGCUCAACCGGCCCGUGUACGCCGGGUCCACCCUCCAUUCCGCCCGAGCUGCGUUCGAAAACGCCAUUGGCGAGCAACCUGGAACAUCUUCGCCAAGCAGCAGCCUCGGAUCCGGCGCCCAUUCCAGCCCUUCCCUCUGGAAACUCUACAUUCUCUUCGAACUCUCCCGCAACGAAGUCAACCGGGCAAAGGACGUCUUUUACAGAGCGAUGCGCGCCUGUCCCUGGUCGAAGGAAAUCCUCAUGCUCGCAUUUAGCCAUCUCCGUGAUGAUGUGAUUUGCCGCCGCACAGGUGACAAUCCACGCCAAGGCGAGAAGGGGAUGCCCUUCCACGACUUAUGUCGCCUGUAUAAUGUUCUAGUCGAGAAGGAGCUGAGAAUUCAUCUCGACAUAGAGCGGGAAUUGGAUGACCUUGCCUCGCAAAUGGAGCAGAAGAGUCUUGCUCUCGGAAUGCCCAUUGCAAUUCCCGAUGACCUCGAUAGUGAAGAUGAGCCGAUGCAAAUGUAAAUAGAAUUCAAAAUGUAAUGUUACUUACC